GACCGCCAGCCCCGCCCCGCUCCUCCUCCUUGCUCCUGCCCGGGUCACCCCCGCACCGCCCCGCCGGGCGGAGAUGCUCCGCGGGGCCCGACCCGGACCAGGCAGACACACCGACACACAGACAGACAGCUGACCGGCCCGAGGACAGGGCUGCCCCGCACCGCCCCGGAGCACCGGAGCGGGGGCGGAGAGGUGACAUUUCAGGUGUUCUUGAAAAAAGUCAUAUGAUUUAAGUGUGAGAAAGGACAUGAGGAUUCCAGCAAGUUGGAGUUCUGCCCGUCAGAAUGAAACAAAUGUUGAAAGACUUUUCAAAUCUAUUGUUAGUGAUGCUCUGUGACUAUGUGCUCGGCGAAGUGGAGCAUCUCCUCCUCGGGCAAGCGGGACAUGUAGCUUUAAGCAACGACACGGUGUCGGUAACUUUCCAGCUGUCCGACGGUAGCAAUGGAACCGUGAGGAAUGUGUCAGUCCUGCUGCUAGAGGCCAGCACCAACCGGACGCUCAGUACCAAACGCCUCCCGACGAACCAGUCCCGGGGCACUGUGGAGUUUGAGUGUUUCCAUUUUAGACACGCCGGAGACUAUCGGUUCGCCAUGGCCUCUGACAUCAUGGAUAAUUACACCGGUGUGCCCCGGUUGGAGAGUAGUGCCCACCUGCGGGCGGAGUGGCCAGUCUUUCACAUCGACUUGAACAGGACAUCGGGGCCAGGGGAGGAUGCCCUAGGGGUGGGGGUUUUUACCCAUCAGCCUCUGUGCCCGUUCGCUGUGGGCAGGCCUGACAUUUUUCUGGACAUCGCCUUUUCCAGUAGCCCCCCUGACCCAAGAACCAGCCCAGACCCCCAGCCACUUGGAACAAGAGCCAGCAGACGGAUUGUCCUGUCUCCGGCUCAGUGGGUGGAGUUUGACUGCGCUUCAGGGGAUCGAGGCAUCUAUGUGACCGUGGCCCUGAGACUGCAAGACCCCGGCUCGGUCAUUACGUCGUCGGGGCCCAUAGACCUCGUGCACAGAUUUGGAUACAAACUGGUGGCGGUGCCGGAACUGACGUGUGAGUCGGCGGUGGAGGUGGUGGUUGUACGGCCGCCGUGUACCCAGGCUCCGGGGAAGAUUGCUGUGUAUAAGGAGGCUCCCAGGCGGACUGGGGAGAGAGCUGCCUGGCUAGCAGAAGCCCAGUUGCAGCCGCAGGACCGCAGAACCACGUUUAACUGCACUUUGUUCGACGUGGGGAAAAACACAUACUGUUUUGAGUUGGACUUGGCCAACAAAAGCCCAAUUUCUUCCAGGGAGAAGGAAUGCAUGGUGAUCCAGAGAAACAUUGAAACCUGGAGCCUGUGGCAGUCCUGGACCCCUUGUAGCGUCUCAUGUGGCGAAGGAAUCCGUGAGCGGCACAGGAUAUGCCUCACUUCCACCCCGGCUAAGCCAGGCUGCAUUGGAAUCACAACGGAAGAGUCCCUGUGUUCCCUAGAAGAGUGCUCUACUGUGAAAACUUCCAGCUCGCCACCUGUCCAACCUGGAGGCCCCCAGAAGGCUAACAACUUGGUGACGGUCACAGGCAUAUCCCUGUGCCUGUUCAUCAUCGUCGUCACCGUCCUCGUUACCCUGUGGAGGAAGUUUGGGCGGACUUCCAAGUGCAGCCCCCCCUCCCGCCACAACUCCAUCCACUCUCCCGGCUUCCGGAAGAACUCAGACGAAGAGGACAUCUGUCCGCCGGGUGAGCGGCGGGAGAGUUUCUCUGAUGGGGGCGAGGGGCCCCCCGGGAAUCCCGGAGAGCUCAGCAUCCCCCUGACCUACCGGAGGAGCCUCCAGUUGGCCUCGGAGGAGGACGCCUCUGGCAGCGAGAGCUUCCAGUCCAAUGCCCAGAAGAUCAUCCCCCCUCUAUUCAGCUACCGCCUCGCCCAGCAGCAGCUAAAAGAGAUGAAGAAGCAGGGCCUGUCUGAGACCACCAAGGUGUACCACGUGUCCCAGAGCCCCCUGACAGACACUGCUGUUGGCGCCGUGGCAGAGGUCCCCUUGGGUCCGGAUCCGGAUAGCCCGGAGGAAGCCGCGGCGGCGGCCAAGUUCAGGAUCCGGUCGCCGUUUCCCGACCGGCCGGCGGGGCCCUCGGGAGAGAGGCCGGUCUCCAGGCUGGAUCUGGCCCUGCCUCAGGUCCGGCCCCCGGCGACCCCCGGCAGCCAGACCCUCCUCCGCCGGCCCCAAGUGAAAGUGGCCGGCGGCCGCGGGGGCCGGUCGGAAAAGGGCUACCCACGCGGCUCCCACUUCCGGAGGGCUGCCAGCUUCCACGAGGGCAGGCAGGCCCGGCCUUUCCGGGAGAGGAGCCUGUCCACGCUGACGCCUCGCCAGGCUCCCGCCUACAGCUGCGGGCCCCGGGUCGAAGGCCGGUUCCGGCCCCGGUCUCGAGGGCCCCGGCCGGGCCCGGGGAAGCCCGAAGGCGCCCAGGGGGGCGAGCCGGGCGGCGAGCCCUUCGGCGCUCCCUCCAAAUCCCGCCCCGUGGGACUUCCGGCGAGAAAACCCGACCUGAUGGGCGAGCGGCCGACUGGGCUGGCGGGCGGAGCAGAGUGGGCCGAGCCCCCCAGAACUAGAAGGGGCCCUUCGCCAAAUGCUAGGAGUGCCUGGAGGAAAGAGCCCCUCCUCACAGUCACCGCCCCCAAGGGGACCUCUCAGCGACCUAGCCCCCUGAGCCCCUCCGAGGCCAGGAGAGACAAGCCCCAGGGCUUCACCUCGCACUCAGGCUACGCAUUCUACGACAACACGUCCUUCGGCCUCUCCGAGUUGCAGCCGAAGAUGCUCGACCUGCCUGGUUAUUUUGGGUCCAAUGAAGAAGAUGACGAAACCACCAGCACCCUGAGCAUGGAGAAGUUGGUGUUUUGAGUGAUGCCGGGAGAGCCUCCAGAACUCUUUGAACUCCCAACCAGCCCUCAGCUAUGUUUGUCGGGCAGAAAGUUUCCUUACCAGGUGUCCCGCUGGACCCCCCCGAGAAACACGAAGAAACUCACAGGACAGGCUCUUUCUAAUGUCUUUUUUUUUUUAAACACUUAAAAGGAGUUUUUCCUCCUGAGCUUAUUUCUAUUGUCAGUCUAUUAAUGUUAGUUCAAUUAAAAAAAAAGCCAUCGUGGAAAGAGCUUCAUCUCUCGAGGUGGGGAACGUUCCGAAGUUCAGCUUGGGAGCGGGGGAGUGCCUUUAAAAGAAUGUCAGUGGCUUUGAUCUCCCUUCCUCUUGGAAACACAGAUCCACCUUGGAAAAAUGAACGGAAAUCAUUGGGAAUGGAGAUAUUUGUCCCCACCUCUUCCGGCCCAACCGUAGCAAUCUUCUGAAGGAAGUUUGAGGUCGGGUGUGGUAUCCAAUUACGCGGGAGCUGUGGGCUGGGCUCAUCCGCCUUGAGAAGAAAUCAAAGCUGUCCUCAGAGUAGAUGUGGGAAAAUACUACUAAUAGUAGGAGGAGUAAUAGUGUUUAGUGAGCACUUACUAGUUCUCUGUAUUAAGUACUUCUACUCCUCCUUUGCUUUAGAGAAUGAGAGAAGGGUGGGAUGGGAGGAAGGCAACCCUACCUCAUGUUUUGUGCCUGGUCUGCCUAACUGGGCGAACCUCACCUCUCUGGGCCUAUUUCCCGGUUGAAAAAUGGGGAUUCUCACCUCUCCCUCUCCAAUGGGACAGCACAAUGCCACUCCCGUAAACACUACCCUUUGGAAAGUCUCUCAGCAGCCAAAUGUAGAUGUCCAGGAAGCAGCACCUGGCCCCACGCCCCGGGGGAUUCUGUGUUGGCCUAGGGAAGAUACCAGGGGCCCAUUUUCGUAGGCAAGGGUCCUUGAACCACCAUUCAGCUCUAAAUGAGACUGUUUCUGUCCAAAAUAGGGAAUCCAGGGGCUGU